AUGGCCCAUCAAAGGUAUGAAAUGAGUCUUGCGUUGAUUGUGUUCACGGUGAUCUGGACUAGAGUAAUUGCUCAAGAAAGCGAUGACUGCACAAACGUGUUGGUCAGCAUGUCGCCUUGCCUGAACUACAUAACGGAUAGCUCCUCGCCGCAAUUCUCAGGUUGCUGCACGCAGCUUAGCACGGUGGUGGCUAAAAAGCCAGAGUGCUUGUGCCAGGUCCUCAAUGGGGGUGACUCUAACCUGGGACUCAACAUUAACCAGACUCAGGCUUUGGCCUUCACUACCGCUUGCAAAGUUCAGACUCCACCUGCUAGCCGCUGCAAUGGACGUGGAUCUUCAUCACAAGGAGGUUCCAAUGAUGCAAUUUCAACCAAUAUGGCUGCUCUUUUUUCCCUAUUCUUUCUCUUUAUUGCUUCUUAUGCUUCAAUUAUCAACAUGACCUAACUUUCUCUACCUACCGUAGACUUUUCAGUGCAUUGUAUCUACUGUAUUUUGUUAGUUAGUUUACUCUGUCAUGAAAGUGGACUAUUGCUGA